UUGCUUCAGGCGACUGCUGUUGGAUCACAUCCGGAAACAUUAUCAUCAAACAGUGCUCAUCACUCGAAAAGUCAUCACGAUGGUAAUAGAGUGGCGGCGCAUCAAUCACAUUCGGAUGAAUUGGCACGAUCCCGUCGACGAACGACGAAAACUGAAGACGUUACGAACGGUGGUUAUCGACCAACGCCAAUCUCUGAUCUACCACCGCGUUCCGAUGCUUUGCUCGGCAUUCCGGUCAUACAGUUUGAGCGUGAUCCAUCUGUGACCGGUAUUCUCAAACGACGUCACGCCAUUGCUCAACAGCAGCAGCACGCCUCAUCCACUUCACUGUCGUCCGAUUCUCCAGGAACCCCGAAUACUCAGCUAGUCGAUGAGAGACUGAAUGCGGAAAAUUCAUCUCGGCAGCUAACUUCUACGCCGCCGCAGCCUUCAACUUCAACAACCAAAGAACCACUGGCGGCUUCGAGUCACCACCACUCAAUACACGAUUCAUCUAUCGUUCAGAAAUCGCAAGCUGGAGGAGCUGAUGGAAGCAUCCCGACAACAUCGACGUCAACAAUGAGUAGUGCACUGCCAUCAUCGUCAUCAGCUGAUAGCGAACGUGAAUCGUUUUCAGAAACUGGUGCAACAGCAGCAAAAACGAAUCUGGAACGUGGUGGUCGGCGUCUUUGCGAUGCAACUGAGCAAUUUCCGAUGGCACCACCGAAAUUAGUUGAGCCCAAACUGAUUACACCGCUGAUUGAACCUAAACCAAUAGCCAAGAAACUUUCAUCUUCAGCGUUAUAG